AGGACCAGCAGUUCAGAACCAGAGCCAGCACCAGGACCAGCAGGAGACGCCAGAACCAGAACCAGAACCAGAACCAGGUAUGCAUCACGCACGCUGUCCCGUUAUCCUGGUCCUCGCCACGCUGGCCAUGUUCAGUCUGGGGGUUUCCUCUCAGGCUGACAGAGACCAGGACCUGUACCAGAACCAGGACCUGGACCUUGAGCUGCGUCACAACCGGCUGUUGCAGCGAGCCCGCAGUGCCGGACUCCUUUCACAGGAGUGGUCCAAACGGGCCGUGGAGGACAUGCUGGCUCAGAUGUCGAGGGCGGAUGUCGAUGCCCAGCAGGAUCAGCCGGAAGGGGUUUCCAGAGUAACAGGCUCGAGACUGAACCUGGAACGGUCCGUCGACAACACCGCCCGCGAACGCAAAGAAGGCUGCAAGAACUUCUACUGGAAAGGCCUCACUUCCUGUUAGAGGAGGAACCAGCUGAGGCCUCAUCUCCCUGGCACCAAACUACCAAUCACCUGCAGGGGCGACUGAAUGGACCAAUCAGCCGUCUUACCCCAGUAAUUGUUGUAAUUGUCCAAUAAAGAAAGAAAUGAAUCAGU